AUGAACGGUCAGUAAUCUAUGAAGGCUAAAAAUAAGAUUGACCUGCAUAAACGCUGCCUUAAAUCAGUUUAUUCUAUGUAUAGGUGAUUUGGACUCGAAAAAGAACCAUGAAUAUGAAACGGCACAUUAACGGUCCUAUAAAAUAGCAAAAAAACGGUUCUAAGUCAAUUAUUCGUUAAAAAUGAUGAUAAGAUGACGACGACGACGACGACGAUGAUGAUGAUGAUGAUGAUGAUGAUGAUGAUGAUGAUGAUGAUGAUGAUGAUGAUGAUGAUGAUGAUGAUGAUGAUGAUGAUGAUGAUGAUGAUGAUGAUGAUGAUGAUGAUGAUGAUGAUGAUGAUGAUGAUGAUGAUGAUGAUGAUGAUGAUGACUGGUCGACGCGUAAUGCGCCUUUCCAAGAAAUGCCACGAGAAUUUCUCAUUUGA